AUGAAAAGUUGUGUGGUUCAAAUGUUUCCUCAACUUGACUGGCAUGGUCUUAGUCAUCCCUUUGAAAUAUCCAACACUAAAGCAAAUGCAAGUCCAAACCAUGCCAAUGACUCAUUGCCACUUAUCACAACCACAUCAUCAUCUCCAACACCAAGAGCACAGGCAGAGGCCCUGAUCAAAUGGAAGAGAAGCUUUUCUUCUUCUUCUUCUCCACCACCUUCACUUCUCCAUUCAUGGUCCCUCACCAACAUCAACAACCUUUGCAACUGGACCGGCGUUGCAUGCGGCGAUCACACCACCAAAACCAGAACAGUCUCCAAAAUAGACCUCUCCAACAUGAACAUCACCGGAACAUUAACCCGAUUCGACUUCAUCCGGUUUCCCGAUCUCACUCACUUCAACCUCUUCAGCAACAAUUUCAGUGGACAAAUUCCAUCUGCCAUUGGCAACCUCACCAGCCUCACAUUCUUGGACUUGGGCAACAACGUUUUUGAUCAAGAAAUACCAUCUGAGAUAGGCAGGUUAGCAGAGCUGCAGUACUUGAGUUUCCACAACAACCGUCUCUAUGGUGCCAUCCCUUAUCAACUAAGCCAUCUCCAAAAGGUACGGUACUUGGACCUUGCAUCAAACAUCUUUAUGUCUCCCGAUUGGUCCAAGUUUUCAGGCAUGCCUUCAUUGACCUACCUUGAUAUUCAUAAUAAUACUCAUCUAAAUUCAGAUUUCCCAGAUUUCAUAUCCCAUUGUUGGAACUUGACAUUCCUUGACUUGUCUCAGACUAAUAUGACUGGCCAAAUACCAGAAGCAGUAUGUAACAAUCUGGCCAAACUUGAAUAUCUCAAUCUCACUAACAACCUGUUUCAAGGACCCUUUCCAAAAAACUUUUCCAAACUUACCAAGCUCAAACACCUUCAUGCACAAGUGAACAAUUUCAGUGGCCCAAUUCCUGAAGAUAUCGGUUCAAUAUCUGGUCUUCAGCGUAUGGACCUGCUUCAAAAUUCCCUUGAAGGGAAAAUUCCAUCCUCUAUGGGCCAACUCCGAGAGCUGAAGCACCUUGAUCUUCGUAACAAUUCCUUAAACUCUUCAAUCCCUUCUGAGCUUGGUUUAUGUACCAGCCUCACCUACUUGGCCCUGGCUUCCAAUAAACUCAAUGGGCAAUUGCCUCUGUCCUUGUCCAAUCUGAACAACAUCAAGGAAUUGGGUUUAUCUGAAAAUCAUCUUACAGGUCCCAUCCUGCCUUCCCUUAUCUCCAAUUGGACUGAAGUGGAAUCUUUGCAACUUCAAGACAAUAAGUUCAGUGGGAAUAUUCCAGCAGAAAUUGGCCUGUUGACAAAGCUCAACUACCUUUUUCUCUACAACAAUAACUUCUCUGGAUCAAUUCCCUCAGAGAUUGGUAACUUGAAAGAUUUGACAAAAUUGGCUCUUUCAGGAAACCAGCUCUCAGGGCCAAUUCCCAUGACACUGUGGAACCUCACAAAUAUUAAGACAGUCAACCUUUACUUCAACAAUCUCACUGGCAUGAUUCCACCAGAGAUUGAAAAUAUGGUGUCACUGGAGGAAUUUGAUGCAAACACUAACCACCUGUAUGGAGAGUUGCCAGGCACCAUUUCUCGGCUUACUAAAUUAAAGUCAUUUUCUGUGUUCACCAAUAAUUUUUCGGGAAGCAUUCCGAGGGAUUUUGGCAGGUACAGUCCUAAUUUGAGCAUUCUGCGCCUUUCGAACAACAGCUUUAAAGGAGAGCUGCCACCAGAAUUGUGUAGCGGUUCUGCUCUGGAAGAAUUGUCUGUAGAUGAUAACAACUUCUCCGGGUCAUUGCCAAAGUGCUUGAGAAAUUGUUCAAAACUACGAACAGUUGCUGUUCUUCACAACCAAUUCACGGGAAGCAUUACAAAUUCAUUUGGUAUUCAUCCUAAUCUUAACUCUGUUUUUCUCAGCAAUAAUAAAUUUGUUGGUGAAAUCUCACCAGAAUUGGGAGAAUGUAAAAGUCUCAAACGCUUAUGGAUGGAUAGAAAUAAAAUUUCUGGUCAAAUCCCACCUGAGCUUGGGAAGUUGAGCAAAUUGGAAGAACUAAUCCUGGACUCUAAUGACUUGACUGGAUACAUUCCGGCUCAGUUGGGAAACUUAGGCCUACUGUACAAGCUCAAUCUGAGCAAGAAUCAUUUGACAGAAGACAUCCCCAAGAGUCUAAGCAAUUUGACUAAUCUCCGGGAACUUGAUUUAUCCAAAAACAAUUUGUCAGGAAACAUCCCCAUAGAGCUUGGUAAGUUUGAGAGGUUGUCAACUUUAAAUCUGAGCCACAACAAUUUAUUUGGUCAAAUACCACCAGAGCUUGGUAAUUUGCCCUUGCAGUACUUGUUGGACCUCAGCAGCAAUUCACUCUCAGAACCGCUUCCUGCAGACCUGGCUAAGCUUAUACGGCUGGAGAUUCUUAAUGUCUCACAUAACCAUCUCUCAGGGAGCAUCCCAGAAACAUUUUCCAGAAUGGUUAGUCUAUUUGGCAUUGAUUUCUCUUACAAUAACUUAACUGGUCCAAUCCCAACUGGUGCCAUUUUUCGAAAAGAGCCUGCAAAUUCCUUUCUCGGAAAUGAUGGCUUGUGUGGAGAUACCGAGGGUCUAACUCCAUGCAACUCAAAUCCCGGAAAGUCCAACAAGAUUAGCAAGGUUCUACUUGCUUUCCUGGUUUCCAGUUGUGUUAUAUUAGUGGUUGCAACUACAAGUACUGCUGCAGUGCUAAAGUUCAGCCGGAAAUCGAAGCUUAAAGAAACCGAAAGUCCUAGGAUGUCUGAGAGUUUAGAUUUAGGGAUAUUGGGAAGAUAUGGAAAAUUCACAUUUGGUGCAAUUGUGAACGCGACGGAGAACUUUGAUGAGAAAUACCUCAUUGGAAAAGGAGGAUUUGGGAGUGUCUACAAGGCUAUGUUGGGCAGGGGGAAAGUGGUUGCAGUUAAGAAGCUGAACAUUUCAGACUCUAGUGACAUUCCAGAAAUAAAUCGCCAAAGUUUUGAGAAUGAGAUACGAACCUUGACAGAAGUGAGGCACAGAAACAUAAUAAAUCUCUAUGGGUUCUGUUCAUGGAGGGACUGCUUGUACUUGGUGUAUGAAUAUGCAGAGAGGGGUAGCUUGAGAAAAGUAUUGUAUGGGACAGAGGAAAGGGAAGAAGAACUUGGAUGGAGCACAAGGGUGAAAAUUGUGCAAGGGCUAGCUCAUGCAAUUGCUUACUUGCACAAUGAUUGCUCUCCUCCAAUUGUUCACAGGGACAUAACUUUGAACAACAUAUUACUUGAGAAGGGUUUCGUGCCACGGUUAUCGGAUUUUGGAACUGCAAGGUUGUUGAGCACAGAUUCAUCCAAUUGGACUUCUGUAGCUGGAUCUUACGGCUACAUGGCUCCAGAGCUGGCUUUCACAAUGCGUGUGACGGAUAAGUGCGAUGUGUAUAGCUUUGGAGUGGUGGCAUUAGAAAUAAUGAUGGGAAGGCAUCCUGGAGAGCUUUUAGCUUCCCUAUCAGUCUCAUUACCAGAAAAUGCAGAAUUGCUUUUGAAGGAUUUGUUAGACCAACGGCUAAGGCCUCCUCCCGUUCAGUCAGCAGCGGCAGUGGCUUCUGUGGUAACCAUGGCUUUGGCCUGUACGCGCACUAAUGCAGAGUCAAGACCUACCAUGGAUUUUGUGGCAAAAGAACUAUCAUCAGCCAGGACCCAGGCUAACCUCUCUGUACCAUUUGGCAUGAUCACCAUCAACAAGUUGGCAAAUUUUCAAAACCAGAAGAACUUUUAAACAUAAGAGGUCCAAACAUAUAUGAAUACUAAUCGUUUAUGUACCGAUGCAAUGUUAAGGGUUGUAGCUCUAUCCUGUCAACAUGAACGGUUGUAAACGUUGAUUUAUAACAAUUAUUCACGAAUCGAUUACUCGUGUAA